AUGUUAAUCGACGAACAAAAUGUCGAUGAAAUAAUUACAACAAUUCGAACACUUCAUCAAACGAGUAUUGAUCAACGACGUUAUGAUUUAACUGAAUAUCUUAUUGAAUUUUUUCAAUUAAUUAAACAAGAUCAACAAAUAAAUUUAUCAAAUACAUUUCAUUUAUUAACAAAUCUUUUACGUGAUUAUGUUGAUCGUGCUGCAUUAAAAAUUGAAUUUCUUAAAGCAAAAUGUUUAGAAAUAAUUUAUGAAAUAUUAAUUAAUGAAACAAAUAAUGAAAAUAAUAUUAUAUCAAUUAUUCAAUUUAUUUCUGAACUUCUUAUUAAUUCAGAAAAUGUUCAAGAAAAAUUUCUUGAUUUUAAUGGUUAUGAAAAAAUAUUUCAUUUUCUUGAUCAUGUACAUUCACCAACAAUAGAUUUUAUAAAUCAAUUACUUAUACUUAUGACAGAAAAAACUUCAUUACAAAUUGAUAAUUCAUUAACACCUGUUGAUAUAUUAGUUCAUUUUAUUAAUCCACAUAUAGCUGUUAUAUUAAUACAUUGGAUACCACAUAUAAUAGAUAUAUCUCAUCAACAUCAUAUUAUACAUUCAAUAAAUAUAAUUGUAUCACGUUCAUUACAAAAUAAAAUGAUGGCUUGCUCAAAUAAUAUUAUUUAUUCUUUAAUUAAUAUACUUUUUUUCAAUAAAUUUAAUGAUAAAAUUUUACUUGAUAAUAUUUUUUCAAUAUUAGAAAAAUUAGCACGUUUUUCAAUAAAUACAAAAGAAAUUCGUCAUAUUUGUCAAUUAUUUAAUGAAAAUACACCAUUUAAAAAACAAUUAUUACGUAUUUUAAUUACAGCAGCUAAACAUGAUGAUCCUGAUACACAAACAAUAUCAUCAUAUUUUGAUUUACAAAGAGCAAAUAGUGGAAUUAUUUUACCAGUUAUACGUCGUUGGCCAUCAAUAUCAUCUUCAUCUUUACAUUUUUCAUUUCAUUGUUGGUUAAGACUAAAUCAUGAAUUAGAAAGUUAUUCAUAUGAUGUUCGUCGUCAAAUUUAUUCAUUUUAUUCAGAUUCUAUUGGUCUUGAAUCUUUUAUACGCAAUUCAUCAAUAUAUGUAUUAGUUAAUGAUCGUCGUGAACUUGCAUAUAUUGAAAUAAAUGAUUGUGAUGAAUUAAUGGAUGGUUGUUGGCAUUCAUUAACAAUUAUUCAUACAGCACAACGACCCUCAUUAUUUGUUGCUGCAUUUCAAGCAGUAUCAACAUGUUAUUUAACAGUUUAUAUUGAUGGUUUAUUAAAAAAACAAAUAAAAGAUUUUAAAUAUAUACCUUUAAUUCAAGAUCCAAUAAGUUUAGCUUCUAUUGGUGCACCUAGUCAACGACCACGUUUAUUAACAAUGAAUGCAAAAAAUGAUUCAUUACAUAUAUCAACAACAAUUGCUAAAACAAUGCAACCAUUUAAAGGUUUAUUUUCAUCAAAACCUAAAACACCGAAUAUACGUCCAGAAAAUCAAUUACUUAAUGGACAAAAUAAUGUAAUCAUAAUUGAACCUAAUAGUCAAGAUGCUAUUUUUGGAGAAUCGAGUAGUUUAUAUGGACAAUUAGCUUCUAUUUGGAUUUUAGCAGAAACAUUAAAUGAAGCACAAGUUAAACAUUUACAUUCAAUGGGUAAUACUUGCAUUUUUAAUUUAAAACCAAAAAAAAAAAAAGAAAAAAUUAGAAUUUGA